AUGUCACCAUAUCGUUUGGUGUUUGGCAAAGCUUGCCAUUUACCGGUGGAACUUAAGCACCGUGCUUAUUGGCCUAUUCAAACACUCAAUAUGGAUUUGCAACUCGCAGGAGAAAGGAGAAUGUUGCAGCUGAAUAAAUUAGACGAGAUGCUCUUAUUCUCUUGUGAAAAUGCCAAACUUUACAAGGAGAAAACAAAAAGAUGGCAUGAAAAGCACAUUCUACCAAGAGUGUUUGAAGAGGGCCAGCGAGUCUUGCUUUUCAACUCGCACUUGAAGCUAUUUCCUGGCAAGCUCAAGUCAAGGUGGCUUGGGCCAUUUACUAUUCCUAUGUUCUAUCCUUAUGGGGCUGUGGAGUUCAGAGGAAAUGAAGUAGGUGAAUUCAAGGUCAAUGGGCAUAGGUUGAAACACUAUUGGGGUGGUGAGGUUGAGUGA